AUGGACCAUCAAACAUCAAAAGCAACCAAGAGUCACGAUGGUGUUGAGGAAGAGGAGGUGAUAGCCGUCAACAUUAGCGUUUCGAACAAGAUAUGCUACUCCCGGUAUAAUUCGCCUUUCUGGCAAAUUGUCAUCGUCAGCUUCGUCGCAUUUGGAUGUCCUGGCAUGUAUAAUGCUCUAGCUGGAAUUGGAGGUGGUGGUCAACUGGAUACUACCACGUCAGCCAAGGGUCACAUCGCCCUCGCUGCUGUGAGCGCGGUGGGAAACAUAUUCGUUGCCCCCAUUGUAACGAAUAUCCUGGGCCCAAAAUGGACUAUCUUCAUUGGCGGAGUACCAUACGUGCUAUAUGCCGGUUCUCUGCUGGCCUAUAACCAUACCGCAAGCCAGGGCUUCGUCAUCGGUGCCAGUGCUGUCUUGGGUAUUGGGGCUUCGCUGCUGUGGAUCGCGCAAGGCUCUAUCAUGACCGGAUACCCCUUACCACAGCAGCAUGGGCGGAUGAUUGGGAUUUUUUGGAUUAUUUUCAAUUCGGGUGGAUUCCUCGGCUCCAUGAUAUCUUUUGGGUUGAACUUCAGCUCUACAAGCGGCACGGUCUCCGAUUCAACAUACAUUGCAUUUAUGUGUAUCAUGGCUGCGGGUUGUCUUUGUGCACUUGCCUUACUUAGCCCUUACAAUGUCGUUCGAGAAGAUAAUUCGCGUGCCGCCGUUUCGAAAAAGCCCGGCGUUUGGGAGGAGUUUGUGGGGCUGCUGAAAGUCCUACGAGACUGGAGAGUGAUUUGUCUCGUUCCUUUCUGGAUGGCUGCCAACUAUGCCUACAACUACCAGCAAAACACCUAUAACGCGAAGCUUUUCACCCUUCGCACACGCAGCUUUAACGGCGCAAUGUACUGGCUGGCUCAGAUGGUGUCCAGUUACAUAUUUGGCCUCUUCCUCGACAACCGAUACAUGAACCGCCGCCAGCGUGGAUUAUGGGGCUUUGCCAUCAACGCCCUCAUCUCGAUGGUCGUGUGGGGCGGCGGAUUGGCCGCACAGCUCAAGCGUGGCCCCAACAGCGAUUAUUACACCCUCAACGAGAUGGACCUGCUCACAUCCGGAAGUAAGUAUGCUGGUCCUUUCAUGCUGUACUUCUUUUAUGGUAGCUUCGACGCUAUCUGGCAGACAUUGGUCUACUGGACAAUCGGCUAUCUGUCGCACGAGUCCCCUGAGCAGGCGGCGCGGUAUGUGGGGGCGUUCAAGUGCGCCGAGGCAGUGGGCAGCGCGAUUGCCUCCAAGGUCAAUUCUACAAAGACAAACUAUAAUGUGGAGUUUGCGGUAGACUGGGCAUUUAUUGUAUUUGCUUUAGUCUGUGUGAUUCUAUUUGUGUGGUCGAUUGAGGAUGCGCCUGCGCACGCGGGACAGGAGACGGUUUACGUUGAGAGUGAUGAUGGAAAGACCGGAACGACGAGCGGCGCAAAUGCCUAG